AUGGCCAAGGUGACAGUUGAUAUAAGUCAAGAUAAUCAUCCAAAUUAUAUAUACUAUUCCAAAAGAUUGAGUGACGGCUGGAUAUUUGGAAGAAAAGAUAAUAGUGAUGUACAAUUCGCUUCAUUUCGUGAUAAUUAUAUGCCAUUAUUUUUUGCUUUAACAACAUAUAUUUUAACUAGUUAUUUAUACAAAAGAUUUUCUGCAUCAUCUUCAUCAGCAAAACCUCCAUCACAAUUUUUAUCCAGAAUCUAUUUCUCUCUAACAUUUUCAUUGAUAUUUCUUUAUGUACUAUUUGGUAAUAGUCUUAUUAAGAUAUUAAUUAUAUUAACUUUAAGUUACCUGAUAUCAAUGAUUUUUAAAGGUUCAAAAUUAAAUCCUGUGAUAACUUGGAUAUUUAAUUUAACAAUAUUAUUUUUAAACGAAAAUUAUGAUGGUUAUAGAUUCGAAAUGUUGGAUGAAAGACUUGGAUUUUUAGAUUUAAAUAAAGGUUUAUUACCGAGAUGGAAUAUUACAUUUAAUUUUUCGAUGUUAAGAAUUAUAUCUUAUAAUAUGGAUUAUUAUUGGUCAUUUCAUUCUUCUAAUGAUACAAGAGAGAAAAUUGAUAAAAAUAGUUCAUUAUUAUCAGAUAAAAGUAGAAUCAUAAAUCCUUGCUUCAAAGAAGAUUACAACUAUAUUUAUUAUUUAUCGUAUAUAUUAUACACACCUUUAUAUCUUGCUGGACCUGUUAUUACUUAUAAUGAUUUUGUUUCUCAAUUUAGAUAUCCAAAGGAGCAAAAUUUUAAAUCUAUAAUAUCAUAUGGAUUAAGAUUAUUUUCAGCCAUUAUUUUGAUGGAAUUUAUGUUGCAUUAUAUGUAUGUAGUAGCAAUAAGUAAGUCUGGUGUAUAUGAGGGCUAUACUCCAUUUGAAUUAGCCAUGAUUGGAGCAUUCAAUUUAAAAUUGAUUUGGUUAAAGCUUUUGAUUAUUUGGAGAUUCUUCAGAUUUUGGGCAAUGGUGGAUGGUAUUGACACGCAAGAAAAUAUGUUGAGAUGUAUGUUUAAUAAUUAUUCUACUCAGGGAUUUUGGCGUAGUUGGCACAGAAGUUAUUAUCGUUGGAUUAUUAGAUAUAUUUAUAUACCACUUGGGGGAACUAAAUAUGCUAUAUAUAAUAUAUUAGUGGUGUUCACAUUUGUAGCAAUAUGGCAUGAUAUCACUUUAUCGUUAUUAGCAUGGGGUUGGCUAAUUUGGUUAUUUAUUUUACCUGAAGCUAUUGCUGCAAAAGUAUUUUCAGGCAAAGGGUGGACAAAUUGGCAAUAUUUUAGACAUUUAUGUGCUAUUGGAUGUGUACUAAAUUUAUUAACCAUGUGGGCAGCAAAUUUAGUUGGAUUUGCUGUUGGUUUAGAUGGAAUGAAAUUUUUAUUAUCAGAGAUAUUUCUUACAACGGAUGGUUUAAUAGCACUUGGAUUAAGUUGUAUUGCAAUUUUUUGUGCCGUCCAAAUAAUGUUUGAAGUUAGAGAAGAGGAAAAAAGAAAAGGAAUAAAUUCUGAUAUUACUGAGCAAAGCUAA